AUGGCGUCUCGGCGGUUAGCAUUAAACCUUACAAAAGGACUGCGCACCCGCGCUGCUCCAAAUGUCGUAUCUGGACUGAGAAGAGGAUUCGCGACUCCAGUCACAAAAAAUGGCGUCAAGACAGAGACCACAACUCUUUCAAACGGUCUAACGAUCGCUACAGAACACUCGCCAUGGGCACAAACCUCGACAGUUGGUGUAUGGAUCGAUGCCGGUUCUCGGGCAGAAACCGACAAGACCAAUGGCACUGCUCAUUUCCUGGAACAUCUUGCCUUCAAGGGAACCAGCAACCGAACGCAGCAUCAAUUGGAGUUGGAAAUUGAGAACAUGGGUGGUCACUUGAAUGCCUACACUUCCCGUGAAAACACAGUUUACUACGCCAAGGCUUUCAACUCUGACGUACCAGCAACUGUCAACAUUCUCUCUGAUAUUCUCCAAAAUUCCAAACUCGAACCCUCGGCGAUCAACAGAGAGCGUGAUGUUAUUUUGAGAGAAUCCGAGGAGGUUGAUAAGCAAUUGGAGGAAGUCGUUUUCGAUCAUUUACACGCAACUGCUUUCCAAGGACAACCUUUAGGACGUACCAUUUUGGGACCCGCUCAAAACAUCCAAUCCAUUCAAAGAGAGGACUUGACCAACUAUAUUAAGACAAACUACACUGCUGAUCGUAUGGUUCUUGUUGGUGCCGGAGGUGUUCCCCACCAGCAACUCGUUGAACUCGCUGAGAAGCACUUCGCUGGUCUUGCAUCUCAACCACAUUCCAGCGCUGCUCUCGCCAUUGCCAACGCUCAAAAGCAAAAGCCAGAAUUUAUUGGUUCUGAGGUCAGAGUUCGUGACGACACCAUCCCAACUGCCAACAUUGCCAUCGCUGUCGAGGGUGUCAGCUGGAAAGAUGAUGAUUACUUUACUGCUUUGGUUACCCAAGCUAUCGUCGGUAACUGGGACAAAGCUAUGGGCAACGCUCCUCACAUGGGUAGCAAGCUCAGUGGUUUCGUCCACAAGAACGACUUGGCCAACAGCUUUAUGAGUUUCUCAACAAGUUACAGCGACACUGGACUCUGGGGUAUCUAUCUUGUCACCGACAAGACCACCCGUAUUGACGAUUUAGUUCACUUUACUCUCCGUGAAUGGUCUCGUCUAUCAUAUAACGUUACCGAGGCCGAAGUUGAGCGUGCCAAGGCUCAACUCAAGGCAUCCAUUCUUCUUUCCUUAGACGGCACCACUGCCGUCGCUGAAGAUAUUGGAAGACAAAUCAUCACCACUGGCCGUCGUAUGGGACCAGAGGAGAUUGAGCGUGUUAUUGGGGCCAUUAGCGAAAAGGAUGUUAUGAGCUUUGCGCAAAGAAAGUUGUGGGAUCAAGAUAUUGCAAUUAGUGCUGUUGGUUCGAUUGAAGGUCUCCUCGAUUACCAACGUAUAAGAAACGAUAUGAGCAGAAUGGCAUCAUAGAUAGGAAUUUAGAGGGGUUUGGGGCAUGAGCGUGUAUGAUGCGGGGCUUGUUUGUACACAUAGAUCCUCAAUAAAAUUUGUUCAUUUUGUUCACAGCCGACCUCUGAGACAUGGGGAACUUGAACGUCAUUAUUGUGAAUUCAAGAU